AUGACACGAUCGAUCAAGGCUAUGCCCGUCGUGGCACUCUGGGCUACCAGCGUCCUCGCGCAGGCUUCGACCCAGAUCAACGACCCUGCUGACACUGCCGUUACGACCCUCACCGUCUCCGUGUGCCCUACCGCUGUCACCACCACGACCACUAUGUCUAGCACAGUCACUUGGUGUCCUGACGGCGGCGACUGCAACGGAGGUCCGCCUACGAUCACUCCGCCACCCGUCAUCGAUGGCAUUGGUACCGAGAUCCUUGCAUUCACCACGACGUACCCCAACGGCGAUGUCGGUGUCUACCAUGAAUACCUUACUGUGUACCAUCACCCGAAUCCCACUGGUACAGGCAUGCAGGCAGUCACUUACACCAUCACCGAGGCAUGCCCAUGCGAAACAAGAAACCCACUUACCAUUCCUGAAGGCUUCACUACGACUGUCACCGUUUGCAGUGUUUGUGGAGCGAACGGCGCUGCUGCAACUGUCACAAUUACAACGCCUUGCGCCACAGGAGCCUAUGCAUCUAUUACUCCAGUGGUUGGCCCAACUGGAGAUAGCGGGUCAGGCUCGGGGUCUGGCUCAGGAUCUGGAGCUGGAAGUGGUUCUGGUACAGGCUCAGGAUCCGGCUCCGGCUCCGGCAGUGGCGGCGGAAGUGGCUCUGGUUCAGGAUCUGGCAGCGGCAGUGGAAGUGGUACCGGCUCUGGAUCUGGCUCAGGUUCUGGUUCUGGCUCUGGCUCAGGUUCUGGUUCUGGCUCUGGCUCAGGUUCUGGUUCUGACUCUGACUCUGGCUCAGGUUCUGGUUCUGACUCUGGCUCAGGUUCUGGCUCUGGCUCUGGCUCUGGUUCUGGCUCUGGCUCUGGCUCUGGUUCUGGCUCUGGCUCUGGCUCGGGUUCGGGCAGCGGCAGUGGAACUGGUUCCGGUGCGGCAUCAGGCUCUGGCUCUGGCUCAGGUGCUGGCUCAGGGGCAGGUUCUAGUUCUGGCAGCUCUAGGGUUGACGAGGGCGCCAGCGACAAUAACUCUGCAGCUCCCGCCUCUGGCAACAGUUCGAAUGCUGCAAUGGGAGGUACAUCAAGCAACAGCACUGGCUCGCCACAUACUCCUUCCAGUCCUCCAGUACCAACAUUCACAGGAGGAGCUGCCCAAACGACUGCUUUGGCACUUUAUGGGGUUUUGGGCGCUGUUGUGGCAUGCCUAGCUUGGACUUUGUAGCUGCGGUGAGAAUUUGGUUCUUCUUCUUUCGUAGAGAUCGACUUUAUGGAUUAGGGUUUGGGACAUAUGGUAUCGACGGCAGUCUGUUGGCACGAGAAUAGUUCCCACGGCAUUGGUUAUAGUGAUAUGCAGGUCCAGGUACUUUG